AUGGCUAUUUGGGGUGGGUGUUCUUCCGUGGACUCGGCGGUUCAAGAAUCAAAAAGGUUCGAGUCAGCAGUGAGCCAAAGCGCGGAUGUGUUUGAAUUUGGGUUGUUUGUGUUGGAAGUGGUUGGUGGGAGGCAGAGACUGGAGGCAGAGUUGGGGCAAUUGGAGGAGAGGGACUUGCUGGACUUUGCAUGGAGAAUGCACGAGAUAGAUGAAAUGGCGAGGGUAGUGGAUAAGAGGAUGGGCACAGUGAUAAACUUGGAGCAAGCAAUUAGAGUUAUGCAAAUUGGGUUGCUAUGCACACUGAAUGUGACCAAAGGGAGGCCUUGUAUGGAGCAAGUGGUGGAGUUUCUUUGCAUGGAGAGACCAAUCCCGGAGUUGCCACCGAGUCGACCGGUUGCUCUGUUCCCUUACAACAGCACCGGCGCCCUUUGCACUGGUUAUUCUUGUGCUUCUUUCAAAUGA